AGAAGCGGGGCAGGAGGGAGCCCCGAGCUCUCCCUGAUACUCAAAUGGAAGUUAUGCGAAAACCUGUUUAUAUAGUUUCCUUGAGAGAUAAAUGGGUUGAGAUGACACCGGUUUAGUCUCUAAAAGCUUUUAGGGUUUUGAGAGUUCUAAUUUCCUGCUAUGGCGCUCCACUUUUAUCGUCAGUGUAAUAUAGUGUAAUGUAUAGUUAUUUACACUUGUUGAUUGUCUUUCUGUUGGAAUGUGUGCUUGAGCAGAUGAAGAUCUUCUUGGAGAGUGAAUUCCGAAACAUUUAGGAUUCUCUUGAAUAAUGCAGCAGGUUUUGGUUUGAAGAUUUUCUUCCGGGUUUUAUCUAGGCUCAACAUUAUGGCUUGAUCUUGUGCCUUAAUCCCAUAUUAAUUUUUGAGAAGGUUAUAAUGGCGAGCACGUCCGGACAAGAAUUUAGUUCCAACAGAAACUAUAGACAAUGGCUAGCUGAAACCUUUGAUGGCCAUGAAACUCCGGGUGAUGACCUGUCAGAUAAUUUGGAUGGAAAUGAUAAUGUGACUCGACCAUCCAGCCAGAGAUUUUCUGUAAUUUCAGAAUCUCCUGAACCCAUCAUAGGAAUGGAAUUUGAAUCAGCAGAGGAGGCCAGGGAGUUUUAUGAGAUGUAUGGAAGGCAGAUGGGAUUUACCAUACGGAAUAAUCGUACACGAAGAUCCCUUAAAGAUAACUCAAUCAUUGGUCGAGAGUUUGUUUGCUCAAAAGAAGGUUUUCGUGCAGAAAAGCAUGCAAAAAGGGAAAAUAAAGUUUCUUCACCACGGCCUGCCACAAGAGAAGGAUGCAAUGCGAUGCUGAGGAUAGCCGCAAAGGGUGGAGGAAAGUGGGUUAUCUAUGGUUUUGUCAAGGAACAUAAUCAUGAGCUGAACCCUAGUAAGAUACCACCUCGAAGAUCUCAUAGGAUUGCUUUCUGUGAGGUAUGGUUGAAGAUGAGAAAGAUCUUAAGAUCAGAGAAUUAUCUACGGAGUUGCAUCGUGAGAGAAAGAAAUCUGCUGCUUACCAGGAACAGCUACAGAUGGUCUUGAAAUAUAUAGAGGAGCACAGUCAGCAACUAUCAUUGAAAGUUGAGAAAAUGAACAAUAUUGUGAAGGAGCUCGAGUCUGAAGACCAAGAAAGUUCCUGCUCUGAUUAGUGCGAGUUUGCGUGAACCAUCCAUUUGAGUUGUGCAAUUAUCAGCUCUAUAGCAAACAGGGUAAGGUCUGGGGACUUGCAAUCAGAUUAAUGUUGUCAGUCUACAGUUAUUCUCCCCCAUCAUUAGGUUGCAUCUAAUUCAUUUUCCUAGUUAUUUUUUAGUUUUUAUAUUAGUUUUAAUAUACAUAAUUAAAAUAUGAUUUAUUGUGUGGGUUAUCACUAUCUCAUCUUGAACAUGUCAAUAUGAGAAUUCAGUUCUUGUCUCCCGAGGUGAGAAUUCCUCCAGUAAAAAAAUUGACAAUGGAGGUGGUGUUAACUCGAACACAGAAAAUUAUGUUCUAGUUAUGCAUAUUAAAAUUACUAUAAAAAUUAGAACUACGUGAAUGAGAAAUAAACCAGAUGCAGCUUUAGUGGAGAAUCAGUGUGAUUCAACUACAGCAGAAAUUCAAUUCCUUUAAGUUUGCUCUUGGAUAAAUGAUUGUGUUUAGGUUCAGAGCGGGCAGCAUUUCAGUUCAACUCAGCCGAGUCAUAUCUUUCAUCCGGGAUCUCCCAGAGUAUGACUCUAGUACGAAUUGUGCUUUGUGGAGGAAGACAACCAAAUUGCUUAGAGGGUAAAUUAGAUCUGUUAGACUUUUAUGCUAUAGGAGAGAGAAUGCAUGCCAAGAAACCAACUUAUUUCGCCUUUCGACCCACCGGAGAAAGUAGUAGGGUUUGAUCUUAAUAUCUUUUUUAUUUUUAAUCACUUCGAUUUUUUUUUUCUUUGUCAGUUCUAGCAUAAGAGAUGUACAGUUCUCGGUUCGAAUUCAUAUUUUCGAGAAGAGGGAUAGAAUUACUAACAAUCCAAUACUUUAUUAUUCACCUUGAAUUUUGUUGUAAAUACAUUGUGCUUUUGGGAUGAAAUGUGGUUUGCAGUUUUAUGUAA